UCAUUAACCAGGAAACAGAAACUCAGGGGAAGUCACAUCAGCUGCACAGCAACACUGAGCUCACAUAUUGACUACGCCAAAACAAAUUCCUCGUAUGUCCAAAAACGUACUUGGCAAUAAAGCUUUUCUGAUUCUGAUAUUGGUCAACAUCACAGUCAUUCAGGACCAUGAAGUUCUCAGGAACAAUCCCGAGUCUGAGUGUGGCUCUACUACUUCUCUUGACCUCAGCAUCAACAGUGGAAGUGCUCAAUACCAUCAAUGAUCUAAAAAAACUCAAUUUUGGUACAUCUGUUCCCACACACAGUCUUUUGCUCCUACACUGGUUUGCCAAUGAAGUCAACAUUGACAACAACGAUGUUAUAAGGCUAACCUUCCAACCCAAUCAAGGCGAUUACGGCUCACAUCACUAUGGAAACUAUGAAAGGGUGUUGGCUCCAUUGCCUCCUGGAAACAUAUAUCGAUACUUCACUGUUGGUAAUCUCAAUGAAGAGACGUCGUCUGACCUCCCAUCCUAUGUUGUCCAUCCACGAAAUGGAUAUGAGGGAAGAAACAGGGACCGGAUCAUAUUUAGGGUCAGGGAGCAGAAUGUGGGACGUCAAGCUGGGCAUGUAAUAGACAGAGUAUAUAUUACACAGCAUUUUGAGACAUCCGAAUAUCAAGGGACAAGGUAUGAUCCAGAUCAUACAUACCAGGUCACUACCAGCCUUCUGAGACAGAUUAGGCAAUUUUCUGUAGUAGAAAAUGACAGGAACACACUGACAAGCCUCAGAGACCAAUUUAGAAGCAACGCUGAUCAUUCUCAACUGAGGGAGAUUAGAAACGUGUGGGGUGACCUUGCCUGUCUAGGCCUAUUUUUGUUUAUUGUAAUCAAGGAAAAGUACUCCUCUAACCAGCACCACAACAACAGAUUUCAGACUCCAGCGAGAAGAAACACACAACCUGAUUUUGUCGUCAGUAUCCCAGAGAGCAGACCAACUAGAAACUCUGAGGUGUCCAUAAGAAUCCCUCAGCAUCACAGUGAUGAUAUAUUACUUCAGGUAAUGACAGGCUGUGGAGGAAAUGCCAGAAUCGUUUGGAGGAACGUUCCAGGGAGUGAUUUCACAGGAGGUGUGAUGGUCGCACUUUAUCGCAGCGAUGAGGAUGAGGAAGCAUUGACUUAUAAGUCUAUUGGAAACACAAAAUCAGGCACUUAUGACACAUCAGUACUGCUGAAUGAAGGCCUACAGGUCCGGCUUCAUGAGGUGUCAAACCUUUGUUGUUUCUGGUCCCGUCUUGGAGAGGAGAUAUACAGAGGUCCAGAGUUUAAGAAUCCUCUGGCAGCAGUCAGUAUAAAAGGCUACAAAGCAAGUCUGCAACUCUUCGCAAAGGAUGGCAAGGCUUGUGCUCGCUUAUAUGUGAAAAACUCUUUCACUGAUUGGACCUCUAAAUUCAAAGAUUCAUGGGUUGGCUUUUACAGCUCCGCAGAUAAAGGUACAAACAACUAUGACUGGUGGCAGUGGCAGUGGGCAAGGAAAUUUGAACUUAAGGCUGAUCUGCAGGACUGUCCGGACAGCACCGUUUUUGAGUAUCGCUCUAGUAUGACGAUUGCUCGAGGAGUUCAAGCAAGAUUCAUACUGCAUGAAGAUGUAGAAAAAGCACGCACCCCGUGCUGGAUGUGAUAAAGACUGCAACAAAUGCACUAAAGACAAUCCCAUUGCACUGAAUGUAUUAUAUAAUGCUGUAACUUAUUUACCCUGCCCUCUGAAUCACUUUUUUCCUAAAUAAUCACUUUCCAAAGGAUGUUUUGCAACAGUAUAAUAUCAAAUCAAAGGUUUUUGUAAAAUGUGAGGACAAUCUCUUGCUGAUAAAAUCUCUAUUAGAAUGUGUUCUAGAAGAAAAAACAGCAUCUUUAAGCUUAUUGCAAUGGUAUUGUAUACAGACAUUGAACAACAUACAGAAUGCCGGACUGCAGUCUAGAUAAAUUGUACUGUUUUCAAUAGAAACGUUGAAAAUAAAAAUAGUCUUAAAUUUGUCAUA